AUGUCAUAUCAUAAAAAGGAACGUCGUGUUGGCUUUGUCAAGUCGGGAUUUGUCAAGCUGGGCUUUGUUAACUUGUUGAUCUUCUUGGUUAGGGAGUUGAGGUUCAUUAAGAUGUUAAAACUAAGUUACAGUAAGAUUAAGCUAACGAGGUAAUAAAGGUUUAACUAUUUUUUUAGCUUUUGCUUUGUAUAUAUUUCAGCUAUAGUAAUACGGUUUCGUACACUCUCUUUAUAUUACGGUUGAAACUAAAAGUGAAAAAAAAGUCUCAAAUUGCUCUGACAAGAUUUACCUAACCUUGUUAUAGGCUCCAGCUCCUUUUUUAUAAAAAGCUGUAGUUAAAGCUUAUUUUAAGGAUAAAAAACAUUAUUUUAAUUUAUUUUACUUUCUCUAAAAAUCAUUCGUUAUAAUAUAAACAUCAUCAAUGCGUUUCGCUAAAAAUUGAAAUUCCAAAGAAUUAAAUUUUUCCCUUUUCAGCUAGCCAAAAUGCCGCGAUUCCCACAAAAAUGAAGAAUGAAAUCUUCAUUUCGGCAUUGAAAAAGUGUAAGAUAUGUUACCUAAAGCUUGGACUGAAUCAUCUGGCUUUGUGGCUUGCUUACGGCCUCUUCUUAACUUCAUUUGCCAUCAGUUUUGUAGCCAUUGAGAAGUCAGCGGCUUCCAAAACACACGUCCAAUGGAGGUAUCGAGCCAGCUUGCAAAGGCAGAGGUAAGAUUUUUUAAUUAUGAACGCCUAGGUAGUCUUUCUACUAAAAUGUUUGAAAAAGUUCAUAUUGGGCUUUGUUGACUUGCUAAGCCUUUUGAUUGUUGAUUUUAAAAGGUAAAUUGACAGUAUUCCAAAUUCACUGUUUUUUCGUCUUUUGCUCGCUUUUUUAAUUUCUAUGCGUUUAAAACAUCUAAAUUCGAAAUAUGAAUCAUUUUUUUGAAAUGAAGCAAAAAUAUUGUUGUUCGAAUGACCUUCAACUAGCCGAAACACUGUUUUCGAUAUUCAGAGAGAAAAUCUGAAACAUCAAACGUGUCCUCGGUAGUAUAGUGGUAAGUAUCCGCGCCUGUCACGUGCGAGACCCGGGUUCGAUUCCCGGCCGGGGAGGGAAACUUUUUUGCGUUUUUAAUGGUUGCCAAAGGUAGAAAUUACUUUGAAAUGACUUUUUUAAAACAAAAAAAAAGUUUUAUAGUAUUUUUAAAGUUGACUACAUUCUAGGAAAAUUAAAAUUUAAAAAAUUAUUCUCAAAAUACCCUAUGACAAUAUAAAAAGUCUAAAAGUUUCAAUGGUAAUAUAUCCUUAAAUUUAAUAUUAUACCGCCAUAAACCAAAAUUUAAAAACUUUUAAUCACACUUUUAUUUUUCAGCUUCAUAUCACACAUUUUACUGCCAGAGAUCUUUAACAACUCCAAAGUGUUUUUGUUUAUUCAUGACCAUAAAACCAGAUACCUCUCUCAAAUCCUGUAUGAUCGACUACUCGAAUACGAACGUAAAUUCAAAUGUGGUGAUGAUGGAAGAGGAAACAGAAUGGAAUCACCAAGAGAAACCCAGCCGGCAUUAAAGGCUUCCUUUCCUCGGGCUUUGUUUUAUGUAAGUUAAAAAAAGAAUGGCACAUAUUGGAUGUUAUAAACUAAAGGGGAUAUUAUAAUAUAAGGUAAAAAGUCAAGAGACAAAGUAAACCAAGAGAUAAAAUGUUGAAUAAAAAUGUGAUCACAGUAGGAUAAUUACAGUAUUUCAGGCCUUUUCCUGCUCAUCAACGAUAGGACAAAGCGCUAUACGAGCAGAAACAUCCAAGGGGAGGAUGACUUCUGUGGCUUUCAGUCUACUUGGUAUACCCUUUACAUUACUGGUCAUAAAAGAGUUGGAAAAGGUCCUACUGAAGCUACUGGUACUAAUCUGCACUAUAUUAUGUAAGCUUUCAAAAAGUUUUAAAAAAUUUACUAUUAUUGAGCUCUGUAACUAAAAAAUUUUUUUUGUAAGUUAAAACAAACAAAAAAAAGUUACAGUAAUUCAACUGUAUCAAACUUUAACAUCUACUGUAUAUUCUUUGUACUUUUAAAAGCUAAAACUGCAGUUUUUGUUACCUUAAAACGCAAUUUCAGGCCGACUAUUCCACGUUUUUCGUUACUGUACCCUGAAUACUGUAACCGAGACAGAAGUUCGUCGAAACCUAAAACAAAACUCAGCUCCAGCGCUUGUCAAUUCAGUUGUAUCGAUACAAACACCAGCUUUGAAUGUCGCUGCCCGACUCAAAUUCGUACCUAUACCACUAGCAAUAUUGUCUAUCAUAGUAUGGGUCGGGCUUGGUACAAUAUGUAUGAAUAGGUACUCUACUGCUGGAAAUGGAGCUACAUACGAGUUAAUCGGUUAUAACCUGAUCAAUGCCAUUACUACUAUCAACUUUGGGGAUUGGGCUGCUGAGGGUAAGCAAUAUAGUUAGAUUUUAUAAAGGAACCUCCCUCCCUUCCUUACUCCCCUCCCCAAUAUUACAAGUUUAUAUUCUCCGGCCUUAACUCUGAUAUUGUUAUAGACAAUACUUAUUUAAUUUACAUUCUUUAAGCGCUACAAUCUUUAAAAUAAUAUCCACCCGUUUCAGACAGCCUCCCAUUUGUAGUAGGAACAAUCAUCUACACCCUCACCGCUUUAUCACUUAUCUCCCUCCUUAUCAACCUUAUCCAUGCCAAGUUUGUCUUCAAAUAUUGGAGAGAAGAACGACGAAAAGAACCCAGAAGACAGCCGGAUUCAGACAGAACCGGCCUUAUCGACCAUGACGCUGAAAACAACACAUUUUGCGAUGAAUAUGAAACCGACAACUUCUUCGACACCUCAAUAUGCAGCUACAACACUAUUGGAAUCUUCCAGACUGAAGUAAGUAUACCUUUGACACCUUAAAAUUUUCAACAUUAAAAAAUGUGAUUUCUAAAGCAUAAGCUAUCAAAAAUAAUAUAAAAAUUCAAAAAACUACCUAAACUUUGUUCCAGGACCGAUUCCGUCUCUUCUCCGAGAUCAAGUGCAAGGUGGAUGCUGAAACGCAAACCGAGCCUCGUACCUUUAAACCAAGAGACAUGGACAUACCCAGAAGACCCAUAAUAGUAGCUCAUAGAGAUUAUAUGUCUCAUGACGAUGUCAACUCACUGCUUCGAGAAAACUACCGACGUCAACGACAAGAAUGGAUCUAA